CUUCGCGGCGCACAUCCUUUGCCGAGCUGGCUCACUCGGGCCGGUCGGCUACCCAAACGCCCGGACUUCCGCAGCAUCCCAGCGCCAGCGCACGGCGUUGGGGGCCCCACAGUCACAUGCUGUGUUAUGGUGAUGCUUUUCUGUGGAAGUGCUGUGGGUGAUGCUUUUAUCUGCGUGCAAGUGCUGUCAUCGGUAAUGCUUUUCUGGCGUGCAAGUGCCAUGUUAUGGGUGUUCCAUGUUGUGGUUGUGAUGCUUUUCUGUGCAAGUGCUGUUAUGGGUGAUGCUUUUCUGGCGCGCAAGUGCUGUUAUGGGUGAUGCUUUUUGGCGCGCAAGUGCUGUGUUGUGG